AUGGUUACUCCUAUUGCACUCAUCUUCAUGACCCAGUGGAUGCUGCUCAUCACCCAGUUGUGUGUUGGCUGGCACUGCACAGACUCGGAGAUAUUGGACUCACCCAUUAGAAAUUUGAGGCUGAAUCAGUGGAAAAUGGAACUGAGUUGGAUGAGCAGCAUGAAUUUCACUGAGAGCAAUUGUUCAGUGACUGCAGGAGAUUUUACUGUGACUGUAAAGGCAAGGAAUAUGAAGUGCAAGUUUGGAAAUAUAAUGCCUCCCCUGCACAAUGGGGCAAACCUUUCUGUUACAGCAGUGAACAUGAACGGCACAUGCACAAGCAUAUACAGAUACAUUCCUCAAGGCGUGAGUGGGUCGGCCAUUGAAAACUUCUCCUGUGUGAUUUACAACGUUUCCCUCAUGAACUGCACUUGGCAGGCAGGCAGGGAUGCUCCAGGAGACACCCAAUAUUUUCUCUACUGGCAGAACCCGAGACAUGAUGAUACAAUGGAAUGUGAGCUUUACAUUAAAGAUGAAAAUGGCAGGAACAUGGGAUGUAGAUUCCAAAAUGUGAAGAUUGAGCCUGAAAAAGCUUACUUCCUGGUGAAUGGGUCUAGCAAACACUCCCUGAUCCGGUUCUAUGACGAGUACAUUUGGCUGUAUAAAAUUGAAAAACUCAUGCCUCCAUCAAAUAUCACUGUCAACUGUGAUGAAAUUAAACAUGAUUGCAUAAUCCAAUGGCAAAGACCCCAAAUAGGUCAUUCUAACAUAGACAAGUGUUUUAAAUACCAAAUCAACAUAAAAUAUAAGGAUAAUCCUGAAGGAAAACGUAUAUAUAAUUAUACAAAAGACAAGGAGAAUAGCUACACGUUUCCAAGACCCAAUAUGAGAAACAAGUACUUACUGAAAAUGAGAGCAGCUGGCAGUUCCUGCCUUGUAAGCAAAGCCUGGGGGGAGUGGAGUGCACCUGUUGAGUUUGGAAAUGAAGCUGUUAUUUCUUCUUCGAUGUGGAUUUUACUCGUGGUAGCAUUUGUGACAGUCCUGGUGACAAUCAUUGCAAUUUUGUUCUGCAAAAGGACUGGCUGUUGGAAAGCAGCAUUUCCACAAAUCCCAGAGCCAAAAAAUAAUUUGCAUGGACUGCCUGAUGCAAAUCCAGAGCUGAUGGAGAGCAGAAUUCAGUCAACAGCAUCUGAAAAUGAAGAGAUAAUAUUAGUUGCUGACAUACUGAAAUAA